AUGCGCACGCACCAGCCGCUCAUGACAUCGAUGAGGACGACGGCGUUUGUCCAGACCCAAGUCGGCACUCGUCAUCAGAAGUGCGAGUCACAACCUGGGAUUGGAAGCUUGGUAGGAACUUGCGGACGAAUGGGUCAAGCAGUGCCAAUGAUCAAGACACCGCGGCAGGGUGAACGAAUUCACUCCGGACGAAUCUCGUUGGCAGGACUGACUGUAUGCUAUCUUCAGGCACGUCUUUUAUUCAUCAAUCCACCACAUUCUGUCCGCACGAUAGCGGUCCGAUGCACAGAUGCCCGCCUCAAGCUUUUCCUCGGCCUGCUUUUACCCUCGUCGCUCUACAGGUCCGGUGAUGAUUGCUUCUUCUUGGGACCGCAGGCGCAGCAAGAGCUGCCGUUCGAGAACGAUAUUAUGCUCGAUACCUUCAAGGCUGUCAUCUGGACGGCAGGCGACGAAGAUAUACACGACGCCCGCAAGCUUGGCUCGGGACCUGGAAACGAUGCCCACCCGAAGAGGUACAAAAUCGCCGCGUCGCUUCAAGCAGCUACAGUACAUCAAUGGCUGACAAGCAUCCCAGAUUCUGCCGCCCACCAAGCACGAAAGUCUCACUGUCACCUAUGCGCGCGGAGAUCUUUCCAUGAGAUGUGUGCCCAAGAUAUGUUUCGGAUGGGCGAACCUAAAUUACACCACGCCCAAGACACGGCCCGGCGUCAUGCCCUUGGUUACUUCCCCGAGCCCCAGCUGGCUGCCCGAGCCCCAGUAGAUUACAGGAUUACGGAAUCGGCUGCUCCUUACAAAAUCGCCCGGGCAACCAAACAUGAAGCCAAAGAUUGUUAG